CCCUGCAGAGCCCAUGGAGGCAGACAACGCUGUGGCCCGAGGGGCGGCCCCAGGAACCCCCCGGCAUGGCCUGGUGCCCGUCAGCAUCAUUGGGGCUGAAGAUGAGGAUUUUGAGAACGAACUGGAGACGAAUGCAGAGGAGCAAAACAGUCAGUUCCAGAGCCUGGAGCAGGUGAAACGGCGCCCGGCCCACCUGAUGGCCCUCCUGCAGCACAUCGCCCUGCAGUUCGAGCCAGGACCCCUGCUCUGCUGCCUGCACGCGGACAUGCUGAGUUCACUGGGCCCCAAAGAGGCCAAGAAGGCCUUCCUCGACUUCUACCACAGCUUCCUGGAGAAGACCGCAGUCCUGCGGGUGCUUGUCCCUCCCACAGUCGCCUUUGAACUUGACCGCACGCGGCCUGACCUCAUCUCUGAGGACAUCCAGCGGCAGUUCGUACAGGAGGUGGUACAGAGCCAGCAGGCAGCCGUCAACCAGCAGUUGGAGGACUUCCGCUCCAAGCGGCUCAUGGGCAUGACACCCUGGGAGCAAGAGCUGGCCCAGCUGGAGAUCUGGGUGGGGCGGGACCGAGCCAGCUUUGAGGCCCGGGAACGGCAUGUGGCAGAGCGGCUGCUGGCCCACCUGGAGGAGAUGCAACAUACCAUCUCUACUGAUGAAGAAAAGAGUGCUGCUGUGGUCAACGCCAUCAGCCUAUACAUGCGCCACCUCGGGGUGCGGACCAAGAGCGGGGACAAGAAGUUAGGGAGGAAUUUCUUCCGAAAAAAGGUGAUGGGGAACCGACGGUCAGAUGAGCCGACCACCAAGACCAAGAAAGGACUGAGCAGCUUCCUGGAUGCUGCCCGCUGGAACCGGGGAGAGCCCCAGGCCCCAGAUUUUCGACAUCUCAAAGUGGACACUGAUGCUGAGAAGCCAGGCCUCACAGAACGGAAGGGAGGCCUGGGGGUGCCCUCCCGGGAACGGAAUGUUGGAGCCCCUGGGCAGGACACCCCUGGAAUUUCACUGCAACCUCUGUCCGGAGACAGUCCUGACCGUGAACCAGGUGUUGAUGCCUCACCAGAGCUGGGGGACCCGCCCCCACAGGGUCCUGCCAGCCUGGAGCCCCCCGCGCCCCUGGAGAGCACUGAGGAGGGUCCUGAUACAGAGAGAAGGUGGAAGAGGCUUUCGGGGCGUCUGGGGCGCUCAGAGAGCCUGCGGGUGAGUGACCGCCGCCGGCCUUCCCGGGGCAGCCUCGGGGCUAAGGGCCGGGGUGGGGGCCGCUCCAGGAGCGACGUGGACAUGAACCCCAGCUCUGCCACGGCCGUGCUUGGCCCUGCCCGACGAGCCACCCCUGAGCCUGGAGAGGAGGGGGAGACAGGACGGGCAGGAGUAGAGCUGGAACCAGAGGAGCCCCCCGGCUGGCGGGAGCUCAUUCCCCCAGACACCCUGCAGAGCCUUUCCAAGAGCCAGGUUAAACGGCAGGAGGUCAUUAGCGAGCUGCUGGUGACCGAGGCAGCCCACGUGCGAAUGCUGCGGGUGCUGCAUGACCUAUUCUACCAGCCUAUGGCCGACGGCGCCUUCUUCCCCCUGGAGGACCUACAGAACAUUUUUCCCAGCCUGGACGAGCUCAUCGACGUGCAUUCCCUGUUUCUUGAUCGCCUGAUGAAGCGCAGGCAGGAGAGCGGCUACCUCAUUGAGGAGAUCGGAGAUGUGCUGCUGGCCCGGUUUGAUGGUGCUGAGGGCUCCUGGUUCCAGAAAAUCUCCUCCCGCUUCUGCAGCCGCCAGUCAUUUGCCUUAGAGCAGCUCAAAGCCAAGCAGCGCAAGGACCCUCGUUUCUGCGCCUUUGUGCAGGAGGCCGAGAGCCGCCCACGGUGCCGUCGCCUGCAGCUGAAGGACAUGAUCCCCACAGAGAUGCAGCGGCUGACCAAGUACCCCCUGCUCCUGCAGAGCAUCGGGCAGAACACAGAAGAGCCUGCGGAACGGGAGAAGGUGGAGCAGGCGGCCGAGUGCUGCAGGGAGAUUCUGCACCACGUCAACCAGGCCGUGCGGGACAUGGAGGACCUGCUGCGGCUUAAGGAUUAUCAGAGACGCCUGGACUUGUCCCACCUGAGGCAGAGCAGUGACCCCAUGCUGAGCGAGUUCAAGAACCUGGACAUCACCAAGAGGAAACUGGUCCACGAGGGCCCGCUGACAUGGCGGGUGACUAAGGACAAGGCUGUAGAGGUCCACGUGCUGCUGCUGGACGACCUCCUGCUGCUGCUCCAGCGCCAGGACGACCGGCUGCUGCUCAAGUCCCACAGCCGGACACUGACACCCACGCCAGACGGCAAGACCAUGCUGCGGCCGGUGCUGCGACUCACCUCUGCCAUGACCCGGGAAGUGGCCACCGAUCACAAAGCAUUCUAUGUCAUUUUUACAUGGGACCAGGAGGCCCAGAUAUACGAGCUGGUGGCCCAGACCGUGUCGGAGCGGAAGAACUGGUGCACCCUCAUCACUGAGACCGCUGGAUCCCUGAAGGUCCCCGCCCCUGCCUCCCGCCCCAAGCCCCGGCCCAGCCCAAGCAGCACCCGCGAACCCCUGCUCAGCAGCUCUGAGAAUGGGAAUGGUGGCAGCCGAGAGAUGUCUCCCGCUGACGGCCGGAUUGAGAGACUCCACAGCACCCUCCAGUCCUUCUGCAGGCCCGGCCCUGAGGGCCAGCUCGCUGCCAAAGCCCUUCAGAAAGUGUUGUCCCUGAGGCAGCUCCUGUUCCCCUUGGAGGAAGACAGCGGGGCAGGGCCUCCCCCUGAAGGGGAUGGAGUCCCAGGGGGCAGCCCCCUGAGCCCCACACAGACCCAGGAAAUUCGAGAGGAGCUGCUCAGCCUGGAGGAGACCAUUAAACAGCUGGAGGAGAUGGAGGAAGAGUUCUGUCGCCUGCGACUCGUCCUGUCUCAGCUUGGGGAGAACACUGCCCCACAGCCAAGCUGUACCUGAGGUUCCCUGCCCCAGGCAGGCAUUCUUCAAGUUGGAGAGGACAUGAGGACCACCCACCCACAACUGCACAGCUGCCACAGCACCUGCCGCUCCCAGGGCCCCGGGGCCCAAGGAGAGGGGGCCAGGCUUUCGAGGCCACAUCUCAGGGGUCCACCUGGGAUCACUGCCUCCCCCCAUCCUACCACUGGCCUUCUGCUUGAGGGACUCAGGACUUCACUCCCAGGGGCACCCUGUGACCCCCAUUUCCUGGGCCAUCUCAGUAUUGCCCGGUGGGGGACCACCCCUCCAUCUCCCACCCCCAAGUGCCUUUGCUGUUUUUAUACCCUGAAUUGGAGGUCUAUUUUUAAUAUAUAUUGUCUAAGGA